AUGGACUUCGACAGAAGUGAAAGCUGCAGCAACUGUCACGAUCCGGCACCUAGGCUUCCAGCUAUUUCAAUGUUAGAACACUCCUUCUAUUUACCUAGCGCCCGAUUGGUGGCCGAAGUCGAGGACUGGUUACAUGGUAGUUUCAAUGUCUGCAUACCAGUGACCAUUAUGGACUGGAACAGAAAAAAGCAGCCUAGUCAACGUGUUCUCCUUCGAUUACCUCUACCAUACCGUGUCGGAGAAGCUUUCAGGCCAGGAAACGGUGAUGAAAAAAUCCGAUGUGAGGCAGGAACCUAUGCGUGGCUGCAAGAAAACUGCCCGGACGUGCCUAUUCCACGAUUGUAUGGCUUUGCCAUGUCCACAGGUGAAACUACAUUCCAGUUUACUCAAAUUGAAAACCUGCCUCUCCUUCCUCGCAUCCUCCAACGUCUACGUCGCCUGGUCUUAUCAUGCCUAACCGGUUCGGUCCCUUCCUGUUACGUCCGGCACCAGCCCAGAAGUCCGAAGCCUAAUGAAAAUGGGAUGGGUUCUGGUUAUAUGUUAAUUGAGUAUAUUGAAGAAACGGCAGGGAAAAAAUGCUCUCCACUACAUGGAAACUUUUUUCGUGACCUUUCUCGGAUUUUAUUAAGUAUCACGCGGGUUCCUUUACCAAGAAUUGGAUCUUUCAUUAUCGACAACAACGGGCUGUUUGGUUACAGAUUCCAGAUCGAGGAUGUUGUGGGAAGUAUACCUGGUCAACGGGAUGGUCAGAAAAUCUACGGCGACAGUUUAUGUCAUGAAUGGGCAUGGAAAAAUAUGAAGAAUCCCGAUUAUCCUGGAGAAGGAGUAAAUAUAUAUACAGCAUACAAUGGUGCGUAUCAACACGUUGAUGUUUUGGAUUCCGGAACUUACAACAAUCCAGCUGACAACUAUGCCUGGUUCUUCAACUACAACUGGUUUCACAAAAAAUGGAAUUGGAAAGACGAUGGCUCCCAUUCUUUUAAAAAGCGACUAGUUGAGAGAGACGAUGACCCCAUCGCCGACGACGACACCGGCGGAGCUGUUCCUGAGGCAAACCUGGAUCUUAGCCAAGACACCGUGCCCAUCAACUGUCACCUUGAAGGCACGGACGAACACGGCUCCCCAAUGGCAACCUGCGAUUACGUCGGAGAGGACUAUAAUGACUUCCUGGUGGAUGUGAAACUGCCCUUUAAAUCAGCUGGCAAUUGCGAUUUGUCGUAA